UACUGGAUGACCGCGCUGGUCCCCGACAGCGAGUCCGAGGUCGAGGGGCGCUUCCUCUAUUCCGAGGAGGGCGGGCUGCCGAAGUACCAGACGGACUUCGUGUACCAGCCCACCGUGGUGCCGGCCGGCGAGAGCGCGCAGAUCACCAGCCGCGUCUUCCUGGGCGCCAAGCAGGUCACGCUGCUCGACCGCUACGCCGAGGAGUUCGGCAUCAACCGCUUCGACCUGGCCGUCGACUUCGGCUGGUUCUACUUCCUGACCAAGCCGAUCUUCCUGGCGCUGCACUGGCUGGCCAGCGUGAUCGGCAACUUCGGCGUGGCGAUCCUGAUUCUCACCGUCGGCAUCAAGCUGAUCUUCUUCCCGCUGGCCAACAAGAGCUACCUGGCCAUGGCGAAGAUGCGCAAGCUGCAGCCGCAGAUGCUCGACCUGCGCGAGCGUUUCGGCGACGACAAGCAGCGCCUGAACCAGGAGAUGAUGGCGCUCUACAAGAAGGAAGGCGCCAACCCGCUGGCCGGCUGCCUGCCUAUCGUCAUCCAGAUCCCGGUGUUCUUCGCGCUCUACAAGGUGCUCUUCGUCACCAUCGAGAUGCGCCACGCGCCCUUCUUCGGCUGGAUUCAGGACCUCUCGGCGCCCGAUCCCACCUCGGUGCUGAACCUCUUCGGCCUGCUGCCCUGGGAUUCGCCCGAGCUCGGCCUGCUGAACGUGCUCAACCUGGGCAUCUGGCCGCUGCUGAUGGGCCUGUCGAUGUUCAUCCAGCAGCGCCUGAACCCGCAGCCGGCCGACCCGAUGCAGGCGAAGAUCUUCCUCUUCAUGCCGAUCGUCUUCACCUUCCUGCUGUCGACCUUCCCGGCCGGCCUGGUGAUCUACUGGACCUGGAACAACACCCUGUCGGUGCUGCAGCAGGCGGUGAUCAUGAAGCGCGCCGGCGUGCCCUUCGGCAACAAGGGGCGCGACCCGGAGGCGGCGGCGCCGGACCUUGAGGCGGGGCGCAAGCUCUUCGCCGGCCCCUGCGGCUUCCUCGGCUCGGUGGCGGCGCUGACCCAGCUGCCCGCCGGCGACCUGCCGGAGGUGGCCUUCGCCGGGCGCUCCAACGUCGGCAAGUCGUCGCUGGUCAACGCCCUGACCGGGCGCAAGACCCUGGCGCGCACCUCCAACACGCCGGGCCGCACCCAGCAGCUCAACUUCUUCGACCUGGGCGGCCGGCUGAUGCUGGUCGACCUGCCCGGCUACGGCUAUGCCCAGGCCUCGAAGAGCGCGGUCAAGCUCUGGACGCGGCUGACCCGCGACUACCUCAAGGGGCGGGCGCAGCUCCGCCGCGUGCUGCUGCUGAUCGACGCGCGCCACGGGCUCAAAGCGAACGACCGCGAGGUGAUGGAGGAACUGGACAGCGUCGCCGUCGUCUACCAGGUGGUGCUGACCAAGGCGGACAAGGUGAAGCCGGACGCGCUGGAGGCGCUGCUGGCGCGCACCCGCGCCGAGCUGGCCGGCCACGUCGCGGCCUUCCCCGAGGUGGCGGUGACCUCGGCCGCGGCGGUGGCCGGGCCGGUCGCCGGCGCGAAGCGAUUCCCUCGCGCGGCGUUCUGCUCUAUGGUCCGGCGCGACGCCGGCCGCCGGGACGGGGGCGCCGCCGUCUCCAAGUCACAACGCCCGAAGUCCGCCCGCCAGCGGCAGCAGUGGAUUGCCAUGACCCAGCCGACCAAGAACAUCGCCGAGACCAAGCACUGGCUGCGCACCGCGCGCACCCUGACCGAGGCGCUGCCCUUCAUGCGGCGCUAUGCCGGCAAGACCUUCGUCAUCAAGUACGGCGGUCACGCCAUGGGCGAUGCCGAGCUGGCGCAUGUCUUCGCCCGCGACGUGGUGCUGAUGAAGCAGGUCGGGAUCAACCCGGUGGUGGUCCACGGCGGCGGCCCGCAGAUCGGCCGGAUGCUGGAGCGCCUGAAGGUCGAGACCGAGUUCGUCGAGGGCCUGCGCGUCACCUCGGCCGAGACGGUCGACGUGGUGGAGAUGGUGCUCUCCGGCUCGAUCAACAAAUCCAUCGUCUCGGCGAUCAACCAGGCCGGCGGCACGGCGAUCGGGCUUAGCGGCAAGGACGGCAGCCUGAUCCAGGCGCGCAAGCUGCGCCGCACCCGGCGCGACCCCGAGAGCAACAUCGAGAAGAUCCUCGACCUUGGCUAUGUCGGCGAGCCGGUGCGGGUGAACCCGCAGGUGCUGGCGGCGCUGGAGCAGUCCGGCAUGAUCCCGGUGAUCGCCCCCAUCGGCGUCGGCGCCGAGGGCGAGACCUACAACAUCAACGCCGACACCGUGGCCGGCGCCGUCGCCGCCGCGGUCGGCGCGGCGCGGCUGCUGCUGCUGACCGACGUGGUGGGCGUGCUCGACAAGCAGGGCGAGCUGAUCCCCGAGCUGAGCCUGGCCGACGUCGAGCGGCUGCAGGGCGACGGCACCAUCUCCGGCGGCAUGAUCCCCAAGCUGCAGACCUGCGUCGAGGCGGUGCGCGGCGGCGUCGACGCCUCGGUGAUUCUGGACGGGCGCGUGCCGCACGGGCUGUUGCUGGAGACCUUCACGACCAAGGGCGUCGGCACGCUGGUCCGGACCGGCCGCGGGAAAAUUGUCGAGCGUCGGCAACCUUAUAACCUGGACGGGCAGGGCGGGGGCGCCCACCUGCGCGCCAUGACGCACACGCACGAUUCCGGCCAGGCCCCAAGCCAGGACCCGGCGCGCGGUCACGAGCAGGGGACCGGCGGCGGCCAUUCGCACGGCCAUUCCCACGGCCACACGCACGGCCAUCACCACCACGGCAACGAGCGCCAGGUCGGCCUGGCGGCGCUGGUGAUCGGCAGCUUCAUGCUGGUCGAGGUGAUCGGCGGCCUGAUCUCCGGCUCGCUGGCGCUGCUGGCCGACGCCGGCCACAUGCUGACCGACUUCGGCGGCCUGGCCGUCGCCUGGGCCGCCUUCCGUCUGGCCCGGCGCCCGGCCGACCGGGCGCGCACCUACGGCUUCGACCGCGUGCCGGUGCUCUCGGCCUUCGUCAACGGUAUCAUCCUGAUCGGGCUGUGCGUGUGGAUCGUGGUCGAGGCGGCCCAGCGCCUGGCCGAGCCCAGUCCCGUGCUGGCCGGCCCCAUGAUGGCGAUCGCGGUGAUCGGCCUGCUGGUCAACGUCGUGGCCUUCUGGCUGCUGCACCGCGCCGACCGCGACAAUCUCAACGUGCGCGGCGCCCUCAUCCACGUGGUCGGCGACCUGCUCGGCUCGGUGGCGGCCAUCGCCGCCGCCGGCGUCAUCCUCUGGACCGGCUGGACGCCGAUCGACCCGCUGCUCUCGGUCCUGGUCGCCGGGCUGGUGCUGCGCAGCGCCAUCAUGCUGCUGCGCGACUCCGGCCACAUCCUGCUGGAGGGGGCGCCCAAGGAGCUGCGUCACGAGGCCAUCGCCGCCGACCUGGAGGCCGAGAUCCCGGAGCUGCGGGAGGUCCACCACCUGCACGCCUGGUCGCUGUCGGAGGAGCGGCCACUGGUCACGCUGCACGCCAGCAUCGCGCCGGGCAGCGACCCGCAGCAGGUCAUCCAGGCGAUCAAGGCGCGCCUGGCCGAGCGUUUCGACGUCGAUCACUCCACCGUGGAGAUCGAGCUCGACGCCUGCGCCGACGCCGCGCUGCCGCGGGCGGCCCAGUAG